AUGAAUAUGUUGGAUGAUGAAGAUGACCAAAGCUUUCACGCUACGCGUGACGGCUACUCCCAUUUGAGCGAUGUCGAAUGGGAUGCGGUUGAACGAAUGGGUUCGACCAUGGGCAUCCAUGCUGUUAGCGUCAUGCUAGAGGCUCUCAAUAGAGAUGCCCAACAUGCUACUAUCGCCAAGUUCAUUCAAAAUGAACUUGACGCAGAACGCGAGAAAGUAGCCUUGCUUCACCAACAAGGUUCUCAACAAGCAGAGUUGUUGAGAGAACAAGGUGCUCAACAGUUUGAACUGUUGAGACAGCAGCAGGCUGCUGCUGGCGGGUCGAUGCACUCGCGUCGGCCCGAGACUUUGAAGAUUGACAUCUCAAAGGCGCGUCGCAUCGACGACGGGGAUAUGCAAGUUGCAUUUGCCCAGUCAAAUCUGGCAGGACGUGCCAAGACUUGGGCACUGGGGCUCAAGCUGCACGACCCAUACGCGUUUGGGUCGUUGGAAGUCUUCAAGUCGCGGCUCAGACAAACGUUUGAACCGCCUAGAGCUGAGUUCAGAGCUCGAACCGAACUCUUGAAGCUCAGGCAGGGUAAGCGUGAUGUGCACGCUUACGCUCAACAUAUACGACAUCUCACGAGUUGUAUAAGUUCCAAUCCGGUGGAUGAACACACGUUGGUUUCGGUGUUCAUGCAGGGUCUUGCGGAUGGUCCCGUCAAGACUCACCUGUAUCGACUUGAACUAGAUUCACUAGAACAAGCCAUUUCCAUUGCGGAGCAGGAAGACUUCAGUCUGAGACAGGCUCGCGCCAGCUCGACAUCAUAUCGUCAACCGAGACGAUAUGACAACGGAGGUCCAGAGCCGAUGGAACUCUGUUAUGUAGAGAGCGAGAAGGCUCGCUCUACAGGCUACAAGAAGUUGCAGAAAUGCAACAGAUGUAAAAAAACAGGACACUACGCUUACGAGUGUAGUGCCCCUCGUCCAGUGUCUCGCGACACUGGGCGUAGUGACCGUCCACCCAUGAGAAAGGGGCAGGGACGAGGGUCCGCAGUUGGUGCAAAGACGCAACAACGGGAUGGACCGUCAAAAAACGGACAGGAUCAGUAG